UGCGUGUGUCUGCAUUUUUUCCCCCUGACAUGAAGAAGGGGAGCAGAGCAAGUAUUUAUGCGCUCCACUUGGAAAUCGUAGUCCUGGAGCUUUUGAGUUGAUUUGCGUAACUGAAAGAGUGGAAGUGGCAGAAUCUAGCAUUUUUCUAUCCGAAUAAAUUCCCGGACGCAGGUUACCAUGCGAUAUUGUUGGACAAACGUCAUCUUGGCUUUGGUAUCCAUGGCAACCCUAGCACUGUGCCAAAGUGGAGAUGGGGACUGGGGUUCAGGCUUUGACAUCUACUCUGUGAUAAUGGCCACCAAUAACACAUUGCAGGCUGUUGGUGAUGAGCCUGCGAAGGUCAAAAACAGCCACGACUGGACCACAUCGGCAGCAUCCUCACCGUCACCUACACCUGUGCUCCACCACGAGCCCCAGCCGGACACGUGCUCGGUCCACUUCAGCACCAACACUGCUUCAGCUCGAAGGCUGAAGGCCCAGAGAGAGGAGCUGGCCUACCUGCAGGCCAUACAGCAUGGGAACAAGGCAGUGAUGGAAAACUUGGUGCAAUUUGUAGGGAAUGAGCUGGGAGAUCAGCGCUAUGAAGAUGUGAUCAAGGAAAAUGUCAUUGGCAUUCAAGAGGACCAAAAGAGCUGGCAUGAGGUGGUAGAAAAAGCAGAAGAGGAUCUAAAAAAGCAGCUGGAGGGAGACGUACCGGACUCCUUCUCUGGGAUCCACAAAAUCAGAGAGGAGUCCUUGGCCUUUGAAGACAUGCUUCGUGCUGCAGCGGACAUCGCCAGCAGGCUGGAGAGCUCAGCACAGGCCCUGCACGCUUCAUUCACCAAGCAAAUGAAAGACAUUGUGAAAAUCCAUCGCUGAGAAAGCAUUGAAAAGUGUUUUGAAAAGUGUUUGCGCAUCAUCCUUGAACUUGUGAAUGAUGUUUGGCAUUCCGUGAGGUCCCAAAUUCAAGAAAUAUACCCUCUCGCCAUUUUAUAAUUGUAUUUUUAUGUACAUGUGCUGAGCAGUUCUGGGAUGCAACAGUGUGUUAAGGUUAGACUUCACAUCAACUGAAGCAGUCAACGAAGAUGGAUUGUUGACACCUCCCUUUCACUGAAUAUCUCGUGGAAUUUUUGUGAGGUCAAAUAUGGGAACAGCAUGCAGUGCAGCUUUGAGCUAAGCUCCGUGUUUAUGGAUCAAAAUAGAUGGGCCUUCGGAGAACAAAACAUAAUGACUCUGUUACUCUUCUCCAGGGGAAGCUAU